AUGAAAGCAGUUGGCUUUUUCAUUGGAAUCGCGCUCGCAACAAGUGCUGUGGCGCAGCCGUUGGACUUUGUGGUCGAUCCGAUGCAGUCUUCAAUUGAUCUCACGAUCGAGAUCGACCUUGGGACAUUGGGUGGAGACACCGAUUCGGACAGCUCGUCAGUCUCCGGCAUGGUAACGGCAUCAUUUGAUGAUCCCGCUGCGCCGAGCGAGUCUUCGCUGCAUGAUUUCUUUGGCGCGAUUGAUAACGAUCUGAUGUUCAACUGGGAACCGGCGUUUCUAUCAACCGCUUCAGCGACACUGACAGGCGGAUCGGUGGAAUACGCGGAGCCGGGAACGAUUCUGGGUCCUGUUCCGGUCAUGUCUGGCGAUGUGACCUUCCCGAUGGUGCCGACGAUCGUGAGCGGUGUGCUCACUGUGGACUACAACAUCUUCCUCUUUGGGAGUGGGUCGGAGGUUAUCAAUCUCGCGGACCUGGGUCCUACCGCGGACGAUAUUUCUGGGAUGGUCGUUGUGGGAGCAGAUGACAUCACGCUGACGAACACGAUCGAGAUCGAAACGAGUCAGCCGUUGGUUGUUGAAGGCAGCGAGAUUGGGAUGGUCAACGUGACUGGAACAGCGACGCUCGUCGCAACAGCGGACCUGCCGAGCUGUGCUCCGGAUUUCACAGAUGACGGACAGCUCAACUUCCUCGAUGUGUCCGCGUUCCUCGGUUUGUUUGCGGUGCAGGAUCCCGCAGCGGAUAUCAAUGUAGACGGGCAGUACAACUUCCUCGAUGUUUCAUUGUUCCUGAGCUUGUUCGGAAUCGACUUCAAACGUCACAAACCAACCUACAUGAAGAUCCCGAAUUUCGGGAUCUUUUCUUGCAUCCUUUCACUGGUUCCGGGAUGUGCGAUGAAUGGUCCUGGAGACGGUGCCGCUUUGUAUAAACACCGAACAGCAUUGACCGGCGUGAUGGCUGGAUUGAUCGCGUUGACUGGUCUUGCGACCUCAGCGAUCUCGGCGCCUGUGCCGACCACGAUCGAUGACUUCUUCCUUCCAGGUACGCAGCCUGAGACAUUGAGUCACCCGAUCUCGGACUCGAACAACUGUGCCGCGUGUCACUCUGUUCCUGAGCACGACUUUGAUCCUUCAGAGGGUUGGGUCAGUUCGAUGAUGGGACAAGCAACACGCGAUCCAAUUUUCCACGCGGCGUUGUCGAUCGCGAAUCAGGAUGUUGCGUUCGCGGGUGACUUGUGUCUGCGUUGUCACACACCGAAUGGUUGGUUGAGCGGCCGCUCGGAACCAACAGAUGGCUCGGCGCUUGAGGGGAUCGACUUCCAAGGAGUUUCGUGUAACUUCUGUCACCGCAUGGUGGAUCCGGAGAACAUCGACAACCCAAACCCAACACCAAUGGCGGACCUCGAAGUCUUCCAAGGGAUCAAGGGAUUGAACGACGGUGUUGAUGAGGUGACUCCAAAUCCGCACACAGGUGCGUAUGUGGUGGAUUUUUUCGAUCGUCGUCGCGGACCGUUUGAUCUUGGUGAGUUCUUCUUCCACGCUUGGGAGAUAUCGCCGUUCCAUCAGAGUUCAGCGAUGUGUGCGACUUGUCACGAUGUGUCCAACCCUGCGUUUAGCGAGCAGCCCGAUGGGACCUACGCGCUCAAUGCGCUGGGGACCCCUCACGAAACUUUCGACAAAUACGACAUGUUCCCGGUCGAACGGACCUAUUCCGAGUGGUUGCAGAGUGACUUUGCGAUCGCGCCGAUCGAUAUGGGUGGACGCUUCGGUGGUAACAAGAUCGAGGUUUCCACUUGUCAGGACUGUCACAUGCCGGAUGUGACUGAGAACGCUUGCCGUAUCGAUGAGACGGAUCGUCCAGACAUGCCGGCGCACCAUUUCAACGGCGGGAACAACUGGGUGCUCAACGCGGUGCGUGACCUCUACCCUGACCUUGAGACUGGUCUGACUCCAGAACUCGCGGCGGACUCCAUAGCUCGUGCUGAGAUGAUGCUUGAGAAUGCGUCCGAUCUUGAGCUUGAUGAAGACGGCUCGAAUCUGAAUGUGCGCAUCAUCAACCAGACUGGUCACAAGCUCCCGACUGGUUAUCCUGAAGGUCGCCGGAUGUGGAUCAAUGUCCGCUUCCUGGACGACAUGAACAACCUGGUUGCUGAGCACGGCGCGUACGACGAUUCGACCGCUGUACUCUCCACUGGCGACACCAAGGUCUACGAAGCGAAGCUUGGUGUUGACGCCGCGGUUUCAGCAGCGACCGGUAUCCCUGAGGGUGAGAGCUUCCACUUCGCCGCGAACAAUGUGUGGAUCAAGGACAACCGCAUCCCGCCUCGCGGAUUCACGAACGCCGGGUUUGAGUCUGUGCAAGCCGAACCAGUCGCGUACUCCUACAUGGACGGGCAGUACUGGGACGAUACCGAUUACGCGAUCCCUGCUGGUGCGACCAAAGCCGAGGUUCGUGUGUACUUCCAGCUUGUGAGCAAGGAAUACAUCGAGUUCCUCCGCGAUGAGAACGAUCAGACUGGUGUCGAUCCGAUGAAUCCGAGUACCGGCGAGAUCGCGUACGACCAGUGGGUGUUGCACGGCAAGAGCCCCAAGGUCGAGAUGGACUUCGCGAUGAUCGAGUUCAACGGCGGAUGUCCUGCGGACUUCACUGGUGAAGGCGAUCUCAACUUCCUCGAUGUCUCCGCAUUCCUCGUUGCGUACGGCAAUCAGGAUCCGAGCGCUGACCUUGUUGAGGAUGCAUCGUGGAACUUCCUCGAUGUGUCCGAGUUCCUGUCGCUCUACGCGCAGGGAUGUCCAUAA